CAGAAAAUAUAGUAUGUUAGCGGUGCACUUCGACAAGCCAGGAGGGCCCGAAAAGCUUUACCUAAAGGAGGUGGCCAAGCCGACCCCAGAAGAGGGUGAAGUCCUGCUCAAGGUGGCGGCCAGCGCCCUGAACCGAGCGGAUCUACUCCAGAGAAGAGGCCAGUAUGCCCCACCUCCAGGGGCCAGCAGCAUUUUAGGACUUGAGGCAUCUGGACAUGUGGCUGAGCUGGGACCCGGCUGCCAGGGGCACUGGAAGCCUGGAGAUGCAGCAAUGGCUCUGUUGCCUGGUGGGGGCCAGGCUCAGUAUGUCACUGUCCCUGAAGGACUCCUCAUGCCUAUCCCGGCAGGACUGUCACUGUCCCAGGCUGCAGCCAUCCCAGAGACUUGGCUGACUGCCUUCCAGCUGUUACAUUUCUUGGGGAAGGUUCAAGCCGGAGACUUUGUGCUAAUCCACGCAGGAUCAAGUGGUGUGGGCACAGCUGCCAUUCAGCUCACUCGGAUGGCUGGAGCUAUUCCUCUGGUCACAGCUGGCUCGCAGCACAAGCUUCAGAUGGCAGAAAAGCUUGGAGCAGCUGCUGGAUUCAAUUAUAAAGAAGAGGACUUUUCUGAAGCAACACUAAAAUUCACCAAAGGUGCUGGAGCCAAUCUGAUUCUAGACUGCAUUGGUGGAUCCUAUUGGGAGAAGAAUGUCAACUGCCUGGCUCUUGAUGGUCGCUGGAUUCUCUAUGGUCUGAUGGGGGGAGCUAACAUCAGUGGACCUCUGUUAUCAAAACUGCUCUUUAAACGAGGAAGUCUAAUUACUAGCCUGCUAAGAUCUAGAGACAAAAAGUACAAGCAAAUGCUGGUGAAGACUUUCACGGAACAAGUUCUGCCUCAUUUCUCCUCGGAGGAUCCUCAACGUUUACUGCCUGUUGUGGACAGAGUCUACCCGGUGGCCGAAGUCCAAGAGGCCCAUAUAUACAUGGAAACUAAUAGCAACGUGGGCAAAAUCGUUCUGAAGCUGCCUUAG